AUGACAGCUUCUGCGUCAGUCAUCAGGUGCAGCUACACGCAAGCCUUGGAACGCGAGCUGCGAUCCAGUUCUAGAACACUGCGCACUCUGGACGACAGUUGUGCUGGGCUGGAGCAGAAGCUUGCGGAUCAGACAAAGAAUGCCGUGGAAGUGUUGGCCGGCCGCCUGAAGGCGGAAAGUCAAACUACGCUUCUCUGCCUUCCGAUGCCUCAUGGCCUGGCCUGGCGCCAAUGCCUUGUGUUCGAAAAAGCAAGCAGGACUGAGAGGGCAUCGAAUUGCUGCUGUCGAGGUGGCGUGAAGCAGAGGUCGGAUGCUCAACUCCUGCGCUUGCAAGGCCGAGCCUUGCAAGGCUUCCGCGCGGCCAAGCAGCGGGCCAUUGGUUUGGAGCACGUUGGGGACAUGCUCUUUCUCUACCGAAUGAAGAUUCUGCAGGUGCAUCUUUUCAUGUCCUGGAGGCUGCACUGCAAGGCAGAAAACUUCUCGAAAGCCUGGCAAACCCACAAGACGGAGCUACGAGAGCGUCGUCAGGAGGUCAUUAGGCAAGCGCUGGAAACAGACGAGGCGCAGGAUGCGAUCGAAGACAUAGAUGCCACUUCAGAUGGGCACAGCCCGGCGGACAAGCAAGCACAUGGCCAAGAGGACACGCAGGAUCAGCUUGCUCAGCUGCGCGCAUUGCAGGCAGCCGCAGCCCAGGAUGCCACUGCCCGCGCGGUGCGCCGAGCUGAGGACGAGGCGACGCGGGCAAGGAGAGAGGCCCAGGAGGCUGCAGAACGCUUGCGUUUGGCGCAGCUGGAAGCUCGGGAGUGGCUUGCUGCGUUGGACGCAGCCAGACUGGAACUCGCGAAAGCGCAGAGUGGAAAUGAGACUGGCCUGGCUCACGAGGCCGUCGAAGAAGCCGCUGAGUAUUUGCAAGAGGUAGAGGCUGCUAAGCUGCGUGCAGAUGCAGAAAUGGCCCAGCUGCAGAAGGCGGCUGCAGAAGCCGCCAGCAGAGCUGCGGAGGCCGAGGAGGUUCUUGAGAAAGCACAAAGCGCGGCUACAGCUCAGCUGCGUGCCGUGGAAGCUCGCAAAGCUGCGGAGGAGAAGGUAGCAAGCAAGGCCCGCGCAGCGGUCGAGGCAGAGAAGAAAGCCAAGCAGCGUGCGCAGGCUAUGGCAAAGAAGGAGGCCAAGGUGUGCGACAUCAACCAUCGGCAUUCAGCACUGCCUGCUGCGGAAGCGGCCGCAGCUGCAGGCGGAGACGUCCAAGCCCAGGAUCCGGUGGGCGCGACGAAGAGCGUGCGAGAAGCUCCCACGGCGGUGCUGGCGGAGCCUUUUGUGUCGGAACAAGCCGAAGCAAUCGGGCGAGAGCCGGAAGCAGUGCAAGAGUCGCCACCGAAGGAUGACGGGCAAAAGGAAGAAGCCCCGCGGCAAAAGGAGGCGAGACAGAAACAGGAGAAGGAGGAAGUGCAGCAAAGAGCAGAAGCAGAGAAGGCAGAAGCAGAAGAAGAACGCCGGAAGCAGGAAGAAGCCCGGCGCGAGGAGGAGAGGCUACUUGAGGAGGAAAAAAGACAGCAUGUAGAAGACAUGCGCCGAAAACAAGAGGAGGAGCUCCGUCAGGCCGAAGAGCGGAGAAGGUUUGAGGAGGUCAUGGAGGAGAACCGGCGGCGUCUUCGGGAAGAGGAAUUGGAAAGAGAUCGCCAGAAGGCAGACCAACUCGCGGACCGAAUGAGCGCCGAGCGACAACAGGAGCUUCUCAGCAUGCGCGUGAACCUUUGGCAGGAAGAAACGCAUGCGGCCGCAAGUGAGCGACAGCGCUUGGAGGCUAAGCGCAAGCACGAAGCGGAAGUGCGACGGAUGAAAGAGGAGGCACUUGCAAAGGCCGAGCGGGCGGCAGACUCCAUCGCUGAAAAGAUGUACAGGCAGCACUGCGAGCUGCUGCUACAAGAAGUUCUCAGUUGCUGGUUCAAGGACUACAAAGAGGCUAUGGCAGAAAAGAAGGAGGAAGCAACCAAGAAGGCAUACCAGGAGGAAAAGAAGCGUUUGCAAAAGGAAAGAGAAGCGCAGGCAGCGGAAGCCGAGAGCAAGCGGGUCGAGGCCGAGAGGAAGGCAUUGGCAGAACAGCAAAAGCUGAAAGAGCAGGCGGAGGCCGCUGAGGCUGCACGUCGGCACCAGGAAGCCGAACUGCAGGCCUUGGAGCAGCGAACUGCAGAGAUGAUGGAGAAGCAGAAGCAGCAGGAGGAGAGUCAGCUGGCCAACGCGGACUCGUGGCUCAAUGUCACUCAGGAUGAGGACAUGAAGCGUGAGGCGAUCAAAGAGCGGGAGCUCGCUGCACAACGGGAGGACUUGGAGCGGCAGCGCCGCGAACUGCAGCUGCAGCGCGACGCUCUGGAGAGGGAGGCCCUCGAGCGGCAGCAGGCAGCGCUGCAGCGCAGGGCCGGGGAAGAGGACUUUCUUCCGACUGCCCAACAAAGCCAGCCUGAGGAAGCGAGAUCUGUGCAACAGCAGACAGAGCAGGUGCUGCCAAGUCAGCAUCUCGACAUUCAACGUGGGGCUAUGGAGCGUGAGGUGUUCCAACGCCAACAGCAGAUCGCAGCAGCUGAGCGUGAGGCCCUCGUGGAACAGAUCAAGGCAGCCAGGCAGCAGCAGGCACUGGAGAUGGAGAUGCUGAAGGAAAAGGUCUCUGAGGCAGAGGAUGCGCGAAAGAAUCAGCAGGCUGAGCUGGAGCGACUCAAAGAGGAGGUCACCAGAGGCUCCGUCUACCAGGAGAUCCUGCAGCACUUCAAGUUGACCCCUGCAGUUCAUGUGCAGGAGACACCACAGGUGCAUGUCGCCAAAGCUGCCCCAGUAGUGGAGGUGGGCGUGACCCAGACAGCAGAGAUCUCUUCACGCAGCAUUUCAGUCGAGGCAGUUCCAGAGAUUCCAAAGCUGAGCCGGCCGCGUCGACCUGAUCCGCAUUCAAUGGAACUAGGACUGCAGCAGGCUAGGAUGCUGGAGCGGAUGCUGCUUAAGGUCGUGGUUCAGGGAUGGCAGGCUGCCGUCUUCGAGCGCUGGAGGCUUCCGCAGGAAAUCCGUGUCAGGCAAGUUCCAUGGCAAACCCUUCCGGAGGAGCCACUUGUGCCCCGCCCACGCGGGCCUAACUUUGCCAUGCACGCCGAACUGGCCGCCCAGGGCUUGUCUAAGUGGUCGGAGCCAAUUUCAGAGGGGCCGUUGAGUACUGCGGACCUCUACGAAGCCAACGCAAGGGCCCACGCAACUUUUGCGAGAUGGGCAGUUAAUGCCAGCCAACGGCAGAUGGCAAAAGUCUUUGAGCAGAGGCAAGAGGAAGCUUCAACUGCUGAAGACGAGGCAGCAGAGCGAGCCGUUCAGCGCGCGAGCGAAAGCAUUGAGCAGGCAGUGCAGCAGGACAUCCUUCUGGAAGAGCUGCGCGGUGGGACAGCAUGGCCUCCGCCGCUUCUCCCGCCACGGCCCGUCCUCCCCGGCGACGACGGAUGGCAGGACCUGCAGGGUGCGGCAGGGCGGCUUUUCGCAUCGGCGUCUGCAGCCACUGACAUGCAGGAGGAGCAGGUGCUCUUUGUGCAGAGCGAUGGGGUUUCCACAAGCUUUCAUGCACAUGCUCCGGAAGGAUCCAGACUUCGUGAGAGCGAUGACGCCAAUGGCGCAGGAUCGCAGAAGAUUAUCAUUCCAGAGUUUCGGCAAGCUGUCCAAGCAGCACCAAGUGACAACGGGA